GUGCACGAGGACAUGCACAGACAUAACAAAACAAGAAAAAUUAGUGAACCAGGUGUAUCCCUGAAAUUCUGGGACUCAAAAGGCGGAGGUAGGAGGAGGGCUCAGAAGUUGAAAAACAUCCUCAGCUACACAGAAAAUUUGAACUUGGCUUGCACUGUAUGAAGCCCUGUCACCAAAAAAAAACAAAAAAAAAAAAACAAAAACAAAAACAGGCCAAUGAGGUGAUGACUCAGUGAAUAAGGUGCUCACAACCACGUGGAAAAGAACCGACUUUCCCAGUUGUGCUGACCUCCAUAUCCAUGUUGUGGUGUGUGCAUACACAUACAUGCACACGUGUACAAAUUAACUUAAUGAAAAAGUGAAAGUAUUAAAUGUAGUCUUUAAAAGCAAUUUUUUAUUAAGGUGGUGGUUGUGGCUCACACUGAAAUUCCAGCACUUGAUUGGUAUAGGAAUGUCACAAGUUCAAAGCCAGCCUGAGUUACACAGUGAGUUUUGAGCCAUCCCAGAAUACAAAGUGAGAUCCCGUCUCAAAAGCAAAAAAAGUUUUAUCACAUUUAAGAGGUAGCAAAAACAUCAAACUGUUUAAUUGUACAUAAAUAAAAACCAUAUACUAACAGUGUGGAACAUUUUUGUUUCUGUGGUAGUGGGGUUGAACUCAGGGCCUUGCAGGCGCCGUGCAAGUGGUCUGCCUCCUGUGCCUGGCUCCAGAAUGCUGCACAGAGAAAGUAAAUACACAAGAACCUGGGUGAAUCUUAGAAGUGAUUUUUGAACAAACAAAUGAGAUGUGAACAAAUAGCCAUACCCUACUUAGAGCUCAAAAAUGGCAACGCUGCAUGUUAUACAUGUUAUGGCAGGUAGCUGCUUUGUAGGGACAAGCGCACAGGUGUUCUGCAUAGGGAUGUGCAGGUAGGUGUUAUAUAGGAUGAGCAGUUAGGUGCUGUGUAUAUAACCAGGUAGGUAAUGGCCAAAAGGAGUGGCGAAGAGGAACCUCUGAUAAUGAGUUGACCUCUGGGGAACAGGGAAGGUGAUGUAGUUGGCAGGGGCACGUGGAAGCCAUCAGAGGUGCAGUCCUUUACUCUCAGCCCUGUGUGGGAGAAGCCCCUUCUUCAGGUUUCUCUUACUCCUUGAUGUGCACAUUCAUGUUCAUUGCAUGUAGGUUAUGUUUCAAAAUAGAUAAUGAACUAAUCUCAGAUUUUUCUUUCAGUCUUUCUGCAGCAAUUUUUGUUACAAAGCAUCUAAAUUUUUUGAAGCACAGAUUCCCAAAACUCCAGUAUGGGUUCGAGAGGAAGAGAGGCCUCCUGAAUUUCAGCUGCUGAAGAAAGGACAAAGUGGCUGUUCUGGAGAGGUCGUACAGUUCUUCAGAGACGCCGUUACAGCAGCAGAUGUCGAUGCUUAUGGUGCCUUUGAUGCACAGUGUGAACCUGCUUCCUCCAGCACUUGGAGCGAGCGUGCCAGCGACGAGCGUGCCAGCGAUGAGGAGGGGCCAGGCUUUGUUUCUUCUCUUCUCCCAGGAAACAGACCGAAGGCCGUGGGCACAAAACCACAGCCACACAGACAAAGCAGCACCGUGAAGAAGAAGGCUGCUCAGAAAAUGACCUCCAAGCACGGAGAACAGACCGUGUCAGAGGUCACGGAGCAGUUGUCUAAUUGUAGAUUAGAUAGUCAGGAGAAAGUAGCUACUUGUAAACUUCCUGCAAAGAAAGAAAACACUCAGAUUUCUUCACCUGGCCCUUUGUGUGACAGAUUAAAUACUUCAACAGUUUCUGAAAAUAAACACAGUGUAUCACAAGUUACUCUUGUGGGGAUAAGCAAGAAGAGUGCUGAGCAUUUCAGGAGCAAAUUUGCCAAAUCUAACCCAGGGUCUGGGUCAGCCUCUGGUUUGGUGCAGGUGCGUCCUGAGGUCGCAAAGGCAAAUUUACUCCGAGUUCUAAAGGACACCCUGACUGAAUGGAAGACAGACGAAACACUGAAGUUUUUAUAUGGCCAAGACCAUGGUUCUGUGUGCCUGCAACCCUCUGCAGCCUCUGGGCCUGAUGAAGAACUUGAUGAAGAUGACAUAAGCUGUCAAGCUCAGAACACCUUGGAUGAGACACUCCCCUUCAGAGGCUCAGAUACAGCCAUUAAGCCACUGCCAAGUUAUGAGAGCCUGAAAAAGGAAACAGAGAUGUUGAACCUGAGGGUCAGGGAGUUCUACAGAGGACGCUGUGUUUUAAAUGAAGACAGUACCAAGUCUCAGGACUCAAAAGAGAAUGAGCUUCAGCGUGAUCCCAGCUUCCCCCUGAUUGAUUCGAGUUCCCAGAACCAGAUUAGAAGACGGAUUGUUCUUGAAAAAUUGAGCAAAGUAUUGCCCGGCCUUUUGGGUCCUCUUCAGAUUACAAUGGGAGAUAUUUACACUGAACUUAAAAACCUUGUUCAGACUUUCAGAUUAUCAAAUAGAAACAUUAUCCACAAACCUGUGGAGUGGACUUUAAUCGCCGUGGUCUUGCUGUCACUGUUGACACCAAUUCUCGGCAUUCAGAAGCAUUCUCCAAAAAAUGUGGUAUUUACACAGUUUAUAGCCACCCUGCUGACAGAAUUGCAUCUAAAAUGUGAAGAUCUGGAAAACUUAGCCAUGAUAUUUAGAACCAGCUGCUAACAAUGAUAUAACUUUGGAAGACAGAAGAUGAAUGCUUCUCACCAUACCUAGAGUUUUAGCCAGUUAGGGUCCAUGGGUGACUGAUGACUAAGUGUGUAACUUCCUCAGACGCAGAAAAGCCAUGCCCCAGCAAGAAGGAAGCUCUUACAUCUAGACCCUUGAAACACAGGAUAUGAGGGAAAAAUGAAGUCUUAAAUUGAAAUUUGAGUGAAUGUUAGAGAAAAUGUAAUUAUUCUUUUUGAUUAUAGCCAAAACUUAAGAAAAUGAUAUCUGUGGCAUAUUGUAAACUCUAUCAUACAAAUAACAGCAAAGUUAGAUCAAUAAAUGUGAUCUUCAGUGAA